CUGAGAGAGCUGUUUACUCGGUGCUUUGUGCUGAACUGUGUGACUGGAGCUGUGUGUUGGAUAAUGAGUAUGUUUAUUGGAAGCAUUCUGCUUCAGUUUUCAAAUGCCUUCUGGAUAUUCUACAACCUCACCUCACUAAUCUCCUCAGAAAAGAGAAAGAAGAAAGGUUCUACAAAAAGCCUUUCACAACCAGCUCGUUACAGCCAAUUGUAUAAUUUUGAAACUGGUCACCGUCGUAAUGUUUCAGUGGUGGAAAAUGUCUGCACAUCCACCUCCCAAUGAAGGAUUGCACUGUACUAUACCAGAGAGUACAGAGAGGAAAUAUAACACAGAUAGAUCCUGAUCAUCAUCCAAGGAACAACUACACAACUCUGGGAACACAUCUAGUCUCUUCACUGCCUCAUUCAAUACAGCAAAGUUGAGCAGUGAAAUCAUCAUGGUGGAACUGGUUGAGUCAGAGGAGCUUUUGACAUAUUGUCAGAUCUGAAACUGGUCAGUGGUAUGGAGCCUUCCAUCAGAACCUUUCUGAAGGUUCAACUGUGGGUGAUCAGUCAGGGUGAAGCUGGCAAGAAGUGUGAGUGGGCUCUAAAAGUGGUGAGAGCUUCAGUCAUUCAUCGAGCCUCAUGAACCACAGACUCAUUCCUACAGGGGAGAGGCUGUUCAAGUGUGAGGAGGAUUCCACAUGCUUGUAAGAUGUCUUGACACACAUUUUGUGUCUGUUAUCCAGCCACAGGAACGAUAAACUAUUCAAAGUCUAAGAUGUGUGACCAAAACGUACCACAGUCAUUGAAUCUCGACACACACCAGAGCAAUAGGCAGAAGCCAUUCAUGUGUGAGGUUUGCGACAAAUCAUUCACACACUCAUCAACCCUUCCCAAUCAUCAGCGUACUCACACUGGGGAGAAGCCAUUCUCAUGUGAAGUUUGUGACAAAUCUUUUUCCCGGUCAUCGAUCCUUCGCAAUCACCAACGUGUUCACACUGGGGAGAAACCAUUCACGUGUAAAGUUUGUGACAAGUCUUUUUCCUGGUCAUGUAACCUCCAUGAUCAUCAACGCAUUCACAUGGGGGAGAAACCAUUCACAUGCAAAGUAUGCAACAAAUCAUUCUCAUACCGAAUGAACCUACAGGUACAUCAAUGCAUUCAUACAGGGGAGAGGCCAUUCCCAUGUGAGGUGUGUGACAAAGCCUUUGCACAGUUAAUGAGCCUUCUACAACAUCAGGCAGUCCACACAGGGGAGAAACCCUUCAAGUGUGACAUUUGUGAUAAAGCUUUUACAACAUCUACUCGGCUUCUGAUGCAUCAGAGCAUCCACACAGGAGAGAAACGCUUCAGGUGUGAGGUUUGUGAGAUAUCUUUAGCUCAAUCUUGCAUCAGAGAAUUCACACAAGGGGGAAACCCUUCAAAUGUGAGGAAUGCGAUGAAUGCUUCUUGCGGUCAUCAAAUGUCCGCACACAUCAACAGAGUCACACGGGAGAAAGUCUUCACCUGUCCAGCAUGCAACAGAUCAUUCUCACGAUUAUCAAACCUCCAUGCCCACCAACGCAGUCAUACAGGGGAGAGCCAUUUAUGUGUGAGAUGUGUGACAAAUCAUUCUCGUGUUUAAUGAACCUCUGGGUACACCAAUGUAUUCACACAGGUGAGAAGCCAUUCACAUGUGAGAUAUGUGACAAAGCCUUCACACAAUUAUCAAGCCUCUUAAGACACCAAAGGGUUCAUACAGGGGAGAAACCUUUCAAGUGCAAUGUUUGUGAGAAAGCUUGCACCCAAUCUGCCGAUCACCUGAGGCACCAAUGGGUACACACAUAGCAGAAUCUGUUCAAGUGUGAGGUGUGUAACAAGGGCUUUGAAUAGUAAACAAUAAUUGUUGCAUUCACAAGGGAGUGACCAUUAAAGUGUAAGAUGUUGGUAAAGCAUUUAUAAUAUCUCCAUCCUCCUGGAAAACCAUAGGAUUCACAUGGAGCAGACAUUCUUUGGCUGCUGUAUUCAUGACAUGGCUUUUCCCCAACGUUGACCUCCUGAAACAUUAGCAAAGCCACACUUAGAAGAAACCAUUUCAGGUAUCAGGCGCGUAAUGAAGUUUUCAUCCACUCAGCGUGUCUCCUGGUCCAACAGCAGUCACAGCAAAGAAACCCUGUCAGUGAGUUCCGUAAUAAAGUCUUCACACACCAUGUCUCUCACAUCAUACACCGAUGUCUCCACAUGGACUUGGUGCUGGGUCACCUGCUUCUGUUGCACUGAGAGCUGUUUGUAUUGUUUACCCUCCGGUGCUUACACAGAGGAGCUGUUGUUUAAAAGUAUAUCUGUCUCAAACCUCUCCUAUAUCACCAGUGAUAUCAAAUUUCAGUAAAGCAUGUGAAAAACCAAAGAUCUUUCAGCAAGUCAACAAAGUCCUCUUUAAAAAUUGCUUUUGUCUGCACGCUCCAGUACUGCAGUGAGACUUGAAGUGUGUAUCAGUGACAUAUAACAGCGGAAGACUUCCAGCAGCAAUUCCUGCACUGCAUCUUGUGGACAUGUUGGAGGCUGAGAGGUGGCAGAGAUUGAAAGGCGCUAGGCCAUGGAACAAUUUGUGCUUGAGCUUGUGAAUUUUAAAUUUGAGGCUUUGAGGAACUGGGAACUAAUGCAGCUCAGUGAGCACAGGAGUGAUAGGUUUGUGAGUCAGUCACAGAGUCAAAGAGCAUGGAAACAGACCCUUCAGUCCAUCUGAUCCAUGCUGACAAUGUUCCCAUACUAAAGUCAUCUUACCUGCCUGAAUUUGGUCCACAUCCAUCCAAACCUCUCCUAUUCAUGAAUUUAUCCAAAUGUCUUAAAUGUUGUAAUUGUAUCUGCAUCCAUCACUUUCUCUGGCAAUUCAUUCCGUACAUGAAGGACUCUGUGUAACACAAAUUGCCCCAUGUGUCUUUCUCCUCUCACCUUAAAAAUAUGCCCCCUUAUUUUGAAAUGGCCCUUAUCUAUGCUCCUCAUGAUUUUAUAAGCCUCUAAAAAGUCACCCCUUAACCUCCUAACUCGAAUUGAUUAUGUUCCUAAUCUGAUGAUUAUUGUCAGAAUGUUGAUGUCCUUAUAGAACACUCAUUUUGUUGACUUGCUGUAUUGUUAGUCAAUUAGCAUUGUUAUGAAGAUUGUUAUUGUUGUACUAAAGCUGAACUGUGAAUGUUUCUACUGUCCUAAAUGCUAUUUUCAAUGUAAAGUUCAGUUUUCCUUUACCAAUAUGGAAUUAAAUGAGAUUUUUAUUUUCCAAAAUGGCUGAUGUAGCUCUAAAAAAUAUAUGGUUAGUAACUUUCUCAAAAGUAGUUCUAAUCAAUAAUAUGUAAUGAAAUUUUGACUAUCAAAGGUGACUGUCAUGAUAUUGUUCAUGGUGAACUUUCUUCUGCAUUUGAGUAUUUUUGUGCCAAAUUGGUAGCCACAUGAACAGAUUCACACUCAAAUUCUUUAUCUCCAAUUUGUUGACUUUUAUUGAAAGAAAUUGAGAAAACAUUGAAAUAAUAAAAAACAUUAACUGACUUGACAGGUUUCUGAAACUUUAUAUCUAAUAAAAGAUUUUUAUUCCAAAGUACUUCAUUCACAUGAUAUUAAGCUUGUUUCUGAAGGAUUUUCUUGACUUGUUUUAGUUAUCUUUGUAGUUGAGUACAACAUGUUAAAUCAUUAUUGGAAGUCUCAACUCUGUUUCCCAGCCUAGUUUUCAGUUGGAAAUGAAACCAUUUAUUUUCUUUCCUGGAAGGCAUUGAAUCCUAUUUGGGUAUUUGGUAAUUAGCUGCCUUUUCAUGGGUGCUUGCUCUGGUUUUGUCUCCCACGCUGCUUGUGGGCUUUUAAUGCUCUCGCUGCUAAAAAAAAAUCUCGCCUAUGCCAACCAGAUAUCCUAACCUAAUCUAGUCCCAUUUGCCAGUACUUGGCCUGUAUCCCUCUCAACCCUUCUUAUUUAUAUACCCAUCCAGAUGCCUUUUAAAUGCUACAGAUUUUAAAAGGCUUUUCCUCAGAUAUACAAUUGUUUCUGGUGGUUUGCAAGAAUUUGCUGUUUAGAAUUUUCUUUAUUCUUCAUAAUAGCUGCUCUAUGGGUUUUCUAGCUGCUAGCUGUUCUUAAAGCCGCAACAAUUUUUUGAAAAAGUGACGUUUGAAUUAGUUUGCAGGCCAAACAGUCUGAGAUCUGUUUCUUGAUUUUUACUGCUACUAUGAUUUUCUUGGCAAUGGAGCCUGUCACUACCAUUUUUUUUUGUUAUGUCGUUUUAACCACACAUCCGUUAAUUUGGUUUCAUAACAGACUGGUUGAGGAGAAGGCAAGGUCAAGAACUGUUUCAGGCUUAGGCUUCUAUUUAAAACUGUUUCAGGCUUAGGCUUCUAUUUAAAACUGGCAAAUAAGUUUAAGAUUAGUUACCACAAUAAAUGGUACUCAAAGAUAUACCAGGUUCUAACCUUAUAGUUAUAAUAUUGAAAGACGAUUCAAUAAGCUUUACCACCAAAUGCUAGUUUAUUGACUUCACAUGCUGCUCUGCAUGAAUUUCUAGCAUUUUCCUGGCUAGAUUUUAGAUUUUCCCAACUCUCCAUGUCUUUCUCAAAUGCAAAAGAAAAGGAAAAAAACAAGGAUAUCAACAAAAGAUUUUCCUUUAAUUUAAUAGAUAUGAAUUUCUUCAUACCUCCAUUUGUCUAAUGAAUAAUUAUACAGUCAUAGACUCAUAGAGGUGGACAGCACGGAAACAGACCCUUCGGUCCAACUCGCCUAUGCCAACCAGA